UAUAAUUAUAACACGAAAUUUGAACAUGGAUUUGUUUGAAUGAUAAUGGGAUCCGAAAGAAUUAAUGCUUAUCUCGCGAUUAAAAGCGACACCGAUAUACAUUCAAUCUACUCGCUAUUUUUAAUCGGCAGUGUGAAAUUGGACUUCUGUCCUACCUUUCGUUCGACUGCAUUCAGGUGAUAAACACUGUGAUAAAAAAUGAUAGUUAAAGAGUUGUUGCCGAUAAAAGCGCAUUUCUUCUUUUUCAUGGCAGCACUUGGUCCAGUUCUACCGCAGCUACAAGUUUUCGGAAAGAAUCUCGGCAUCUCCUCGGUAAUCAUGGGAACCGUCACAGGUGUCCUUCCCUUCGUUUACCUAGUGGCCAAACCCCUGUUCGGCAUGGUGGUGGACUUGCACAGGGACUACAGAAAAACGAUCUUCGUCGGACUGAUUAUGACCAUGGCCGCUUGUUAUGGCUGCAUGACGUUUAUCCCGAACAGGGAAACUAUCAAUUACGAACUCCCGGUCGGGGAGAUUAUCGAACCUUGUGAAAACAUAAUAACCGACUCCAGUUCACCAGAAUUGAAAUGUCUGACAGAACCAAUUCUGCCCAUCCAAUAUUACCGAGUGAUCCUCACAUCAGUGGAGAAACACAAUUUUUCCUUAUGCGUCAAAGAUGGAAAGAUUCCUGAACGCAAUACCACCUAUACACUUAAAUGUGAAAACAGAAACGAAGUACCGGAUCAUAUCAUGUUGACUUCUUCUUCAUUCUGGAUUUUUGUGAUACUAAUGUCUAUCGGAACCAUUGCUUUCAACGUAGUCAACAGUGUUAGCGACGCCAUAUGUUUCGACGUUAUUGGUCAAAAAUACGACUAUGGAAAACAGAGAUCCUGGGGAGCUGUGGGAUACGGCACGACGGCCCUCCUAACCGGCUACGCCAUAGAUUAUUUUUCCAUGGGGGAGAACUUUUUCGGCAUAGCAACAGGUGCGAUGUUGCUAUUCGUCAUACUCGACCUCCUCUCCUGCGCCAAAUUGGACCUGCCCCCGAUGCCGGGCCCGGAUAGCAUUUGGAGGGAUCUGGGCCGUUUGAUGGGAAACAAAGCCGUCCGUACAUUUCUUGUUUUCACGGUGUUGAUUGGAGCGGCCGACGGCUUCCUGACCUAUUUUUUGUUCUGGUACAUAGAAGACAUUGCCAAAACAUACGGCACCGAAAACGUCAAACUACUAGAAGGAGCCGUGGUGGCAGCUGGAACCUUCGGAGGCUCGAUCCUCUUCUUUCACAUAGGAGAUAAUAUACUGAAGAAGCUGGGUCACGUGAGGUGCUUCAGUUUCUGCUUCUUAUUCUACUCCCUCCGUUUAUUCCUGAUCUCAAUCGUGCCAACACCGUGGACUAUCGUAGCCAUCGAGUUCGUCCUUCAAGGACCUACAUUCGCCCUGACCUACAUCACCAUUGUCGCCUAUGCGAAUGAGAUCGCGCCUCCUGGUGCUUCUGCGACCAUGCAGGGUAUUGCAGCUGGCCUCGACGAUGGUUUGGGGUACGCCGUAGGAAGUUUGCUCGGUGGAAUUCUCUAUCGUUACGCUGGACCCAGGAGCACGUUCCAGAUUUUUUCGCUGCUCAUCGCAUCCUCCGGGAUGUUACACUAUUUAAUACAAAAGUUCGGCUUGCAGGAAUCCGAGAAACCUACGCUUCCGGAGGAAGCAAAGUUCGUGAACGGGCCAGAAAAGGUUUGAAUCCUCUGGCGAAAUAUCCCAUUCAUUGUACGUUAUUGGAUAUAAAGAAGAAAUAUAUUUUUGAAGAUUUA